ACUGUCCAGCUGCUCUGGCCCUUUAAGGAGCGCCACCGCUGCCUUGUUUUUUCCGUCUAACAGAACGUAAUGGAUGGCGAAGGAGCCGUGAACGCAUCCCUCCGUUAGCUAGCUGUGACUGACUGACGCCGCUCAGUGCGAGUCCAGCUGCCGGUCAGUUCGCUGGCUGCGCCCUUGUUUCUUUUAGUGAGUGCAGUCGGGACACGGAUGUCGUCAGAGCCCACAGCGAUGAAAAGGGUGAAAACCAGCCCCGUCGUAGCAGCCGGUGAUACGGGCUAAACAUCGGUACUCACCGGACGAGCUCCUUUUAACGGGUUGCUUCUCGGCGGUAAAUGGAAGGAGGCGGACGCGGAGCCAGACGCCGUUAACUCUACACAGCCAUUUGUUUGAUAUUCGAUUUUUUCCCCUUUGAGUCGAAGUCGGUGUUGGUGUUGACAAUGUUGACAGGAUCUAAAACCACGUUCAAAGUGAGACAAAUGCUGCCAGACAUCAAGGAGAGGAUGCUGAGUCAGAGCAGCAUGAACGCACGGAGCCGAGACGUGUACGGACUGCGCUGUCUACCAGGCGAGUGUGUCCUCCAGAGAGCGGUUAUGGUGAGGAAGAAGUUAACAGCCAGGGAAGGAAGAGGUUGGCUGUCUGGGACUCUCUUCUGUACUCACUUCAGGGUGGCCUUCGUGCCUCAGGACGGUCCCAAACCUGACGACAAUGCUGAUCCCAUGCUUUUAGCAGAUCAUGAUGUGGCUUUGGCAUCCAUCGAGAAAGUUGUGGUUGUGGGCCCCAACAGGACCAAGCUGGUGACUCCAAACUCCUCCCUGAAGUUUACUCCAGAGGAGCUGGUGCUGUACUGUAGGGACAUGCGAGUCAUCUGCUUUUUGUUUGACCGCCUCACUCCUGACGCACAGGUCAUAGAGAUGACCUACACCAUCGCCAAGACCUACCAGCCUCUUAAACCGGGAUCAGUUUUAUCUUUCCAGAAUGCUGCCCUCGGUAGUGUUGAAAUGAAGCAGUUUCUAAGCAACCGUCGCCGAGACACCCACAUGAAUUGGUUUGAGUCCUCCUCAGACUGGGAGCAGGAGCUGGAGAGGUGUGGAGCCAGUGGCUGGAGAGUCAGCACAGUCAAUGACCGCUUUGAGAUGUCCACCAGUCUGCCCAGGUUCCUCGUGGUUCCACAGAAGGUGUUGGACACUGAGCUCAAGAAAAGCUUUGCCCACUUCAACGAAGGUCGCAUCCCUCGCUGGUGCUGGCGACAUCCUCGAGGCAGUGACCUACUGCGAAUGGCCAGCUUCCAAAACAACAUCUAUCAUGAGAAGGACGACAUACGGAACCUGGAGAUGAUCCUGUUCGGGUGCCAGUCUUCUCUGUGUGUGGUGGUGGAGCUGGGCGAGGAGCUGCCCUCACCUGCCGACAUCCAGCUGGCACACAGUCGCCUGCGCGCCCUCUGUCUGGGAGAUAUCUCCACGUCGGUGUCAGUUCCUGAUGACAAAUGGUUGUCUACGCUGGAAAGCACCCACUGGAUAGACUACACCAGGUCCUGUCUGAGGAAAGCUUCCGAGGUAGCCUGCUUGCUUCGUGGGGGUCACUUGACUGUGGCGCUGCAAGAGGUUGAGGACCGGGACAUGAGCUGCAUGGUGUCCAGCCUGGUGCAGGUGAUGUGUGACCCUUACUUCCGGACCCAGCACGGUUUCCAGAGCCUGGUGCAGAAGGAGUGGGUGAUCGCCGGCCACCGCUUCUACAGCCGAAUCAACUGCCACCGCGACAACGACAAGGAGGAGGCACCAGUCUUCUUGCUCUUCUUGGACUGUGUUUGGCAACUUUGGUCGCAGUAUCCUUCUCGCUUUCAAAUGACAGACGACUUCCUGCUGGCCCUGCAUGACAGCAUCCACCUGCCUCUCUUCUCUACCUUCCUGGCCAACUGCCAGCGAGAGAGAUGCAAGCGCUCCCAGAACCACGGGCAGUGCUACACCCCUGUCAAUGGCUGGAUAGACAUGCUUCAUCCAGAUUCAUCCUCAGAUGCCUCUGACCCGCCUCUGCCGCCCGUGUGGGACUGGGCUUUGCAGUAUAGCAAACAAAGACAAGAUCGUUUCACCCAACCGGUCCCCCCGACUCCACCGCUCCAACCGCUGCUCAAUGGAAACCUCAACACCAACCCUGACGCCAUCAGGCUGACUGACACCAUACCCGGCUCGGUCUUCCUCCUCUCUCGAGGAACCUUCUCCUGUCCAUCAAACCUGCUUCCCUGGCGGAGCAGUAGUUCAGGCAUUUACAAGAAGACCCACCGGAGGGCGCCCUCCUCUGAGAAUGUGCCUGGCCUGGACAGGCUGCUGAAGUUAUGGGCCCUCACUGAGUUUCCACAAAGCCUUCCUUCCAGCUGUGGACCUCAGGGACCACUUGACCCCUACGAGCCAUUGCUGCCUCUGCUUAUGGGGCCGUGCAUGGGUCUGUGGAGGGAGUGCUACCUCCGGGGGGCGCUGCAUGCCCAGGCGUUCUCCCACCCCAUCUCUGCCAAUCACCCCCACCCAGUUGAGCGACUGGCUCAGGAGGUGCAGCAACUUAAAGACAAGCUGUCCCAGAUGUCCACCAGCACCGAUCCAAACCUGUCCACCAAGAAGUCUGAGCCUCGACGAAUAGACACCAACUUAAACCAAAACACCAACAACGGCACCUUCCUCUUCCCGGCGCCAAGGACUCAGGGCAUGGGCGUGCCGAGAGCCGCGCCCCCUCCUACCUCCAGGGGCCCUCCACCCGCUACCGCCCCGCCAUCCAGGCCCAGACACAAGGACAGUGGAGGCAGCAGCAAGCACACGUUCCUCUUUGGUCACUCCUCAGUAGCAGACAGCCGCUCGGAGCAGCGCUACUACCCCACACCCAGUAACAGCAAGCUGCCUAAGGGCACCAGCUCCUUAACGUCCUGAGAGCUGAUAUACUACACCCGCUAACCUGCACAAUAUGAAAUGUCCACCUGGUCGCAGCAUGUACGAGGACACACAGGCAAGUGUUUCCUGUCAAACCAUAAGUAAGUGGCUAUAAGUUGAUAAGAAGCUUUGGAUGAAUGAGUGAAGAAUAAUCCGUGCUUCUAUUCACCUGUACUGUAUUUAAAAUGUUACUAAUAGUUUUGGAUAUUCAUAAAAUAUAUAUUGGGAUUUAGUAAAACACUAAAGAAAUUAUCUAUUUGCAGUGAAGCAAAUAAUAAAAAGCAUAAGGGCUAAAGAUGCAGACCAACGGAGACUCAUCAGCAUCUUGUAGUAGUUUGAAUGCAGUAGAAGCUCUCUCCACUAUUUUGCCCUUUAACAAAGAAGCUUCUUCUCCUAAAGCCUUCGGCGGCUGCGCAGGACAGAGGUGGCAGCUCUUCUCAUUAUGUCACGCUCAUGUUCAAAGGGACACGUUCAGUUUCCAGUUUUCUCUGAUCCUCUCUGAACAUUGUUCAUUUUUGGACUCCAGGCGCUGCGACCAGCGGCUUUAAUGUGGAAUUUAGGCCGUGGGAGCUAUUUUAGGUUGCUCUCAUAUCUUUCCACUUGCAUGCUUGGCAGCAGGGAGAGUCCCAUAUUCAGUUCAGUCUUAUGUCGGCCUGUGCUCGGCUGCAGCCACUGAGCUGUAUUUCAGCAUAUACUGUGUUUUAGUUUCUACAUUACUACGAUCAAUUUAGGGCUUUAGUGAAAGAGGUGUUUGUCAUCUCAUCGGUAGAGACGUGUGAUGUCUGAACAAAACAAAGUAUUAUUUUGCAAAUGUCUCCAUCCCUCUGGGACGAAGUAAACCAAGCGUCCGUCUUUUUUGCUCGUCGUACCUUGAAUUAGUGCCAGUGUUGAAAGCGAAGGGAAGCAAAUUUCCUCCUGUGUUUACUUUUAAUUUGAUCUCUUUUGUGUCUGCUGCUGCAUUAGUAUGCAGCCAGCAUUUAGGUCAAGGACUUGGAAGUGUCUGACUGUAUUUAAAGCCCAGAGGGAAGCAUCUGGUCCUGCUCCUUUAAAUCCCAACAGGUUGACGUUUGCAUGAUGUGGGUGUCAAGUAGAUGCACUGGCGUCAUUCCCACGGACGAAAGAGGCUGUAUUUGGAAAAAAGCGACGCUGACUUAGUCUUCUGUUAAAAGGUACCUCAUUUGAUAUUAGUGGUGGUAUCAAUUAUUAAAUUGCUGUAAAUAUUCAUCACAUCAAUAUCGAAGCACUGUUAUCAGAUACAGUUUCAGAGUGUUAUGCCAAUACAUUUCAUUGUCUUCCAUGAAACAUGGAAAAUUUAAUUUGACCUCCUGUCGCACCUGUUGAUUUGUAUCACUGAUUAAGUCAAUGUUUUUGGUACAAGCUUCACUCAUAUUUGCCUGAUGUACAUAUUUUUUGUAUCGGUAUCGGCAUGUUUUGAUCCCUAAGUUGUAUCAGUUUAUAACUUCUCGUGUACAUAAUCUGAAGCAAAAAUAAAAUCCGGUCUCAAACACA